UGUGUGUACGCCUGUAUUUAAUCAGCUGAAUUUUAAGUUUGUCUCAUCAAUCUUUUUCAGAUUUGGUCGCAAGAAAGUGAUAAUUGUGUGUUUAUUUUUGCAAGGGGCAGCCGGAAUAGCAACGGCCUUAAUCUCCAAUAUUUAUGCCAUAUAUGUGUUACGUUUUCUCACUGCAGUUGGUGGUGCUGGAUCAUACAUUCCCUCAAUUGUAUUUGCUUCUGAAGUGUCUUCGGUGGACAGUAGAAUGAAAUCUUCCAUUGCAAUCCAAAUGGUGUUUACCAUCGGACUACUGAUCAUUUCUUUGCUGACUUAUUUUGUGAGGACUUGGAGGCCUUUGAUGAUCAUAAUAUCAAUCCCGUCAGUGGUGUUCGCUAUCGUCUAUAUCUGGUUCCUAGACGAAUCUCCCCGAUGGCUCCUCAAUAAAAAGAGAACAAAAGAUGCCAACAAAAUUCUUAGCAACAUCGCCAAACUGAAUAAAACAGUUUUGCCUCAAACAGAAAUCGUCAACGUUUUCUCAUCGAACAAUAAAAGAGUAGAAAUCUGGAAAAUGUUUACCAUUCCUCAGCUUCUAAAACGGACCCUAAUUAUGAUGCUAAACUGGGUGAUUGUGAGCUUGGUAUAUUUCGGCCUUACUCUUAAUGUUGGCAAAUUGUAUGGCAAUCUCUAUGUGAAUUUUUUUUUGAAUUCGAUUGUCGAGUUUCCAGCCUACAUACUGAACAUCCUUCUGUUAAAUCGUGUUGGAAGAAAAAAAUUGCAUACUAGCAUGAUGGUUUUGGCUGGUGUCAUUUGUAUUGCUGGAAUAUUUCCGAUCCUCUAUGGCACUAAAGCCCAUCGAUGGAUAUUAACUGCCAGUUCGAUGUUAGGCCGUUUGUUUAUCACUGCAGCUUUUGCAAUUGUGUACUUAUACACUUUGGAAUUAUAUCCAACUUGUAUAAGAAACGGUGCAUUGGGGGCUUUAGCCACCUUUGCACGCGUUGGUGGCGCUUUGGCACCAUACACUCUCAAUUUUUCAGAUUUGGUUUCUGGCAAGGUUGGUCGAAUAAUGCCGAUGGUUCUUAUGGGAACACUUUCCAUAAUCGCGGGGCUAUUGUCAUUGUUGUUACCUGAAACAAACAACCGGAAAAUGAUGGACAACUUCAAUGAUGUGACCAAAUCUGGAGAACUGGAGUUAGCUACUAAAAAGGAUGCAAUUCUAAAGGAAGAAACUCACCCUAUGAAACCGAGACAACCUGAAGAGGAUAUAAACUCUUAAUAGUUCAUGGUAAGACAUCAUCAACUGCAGCAAAUUCUAACUUUUUCCGUCGUUCGUUGUCAAUCAUUGCUCGCUGUAAAGAAAGAAGAAUUUCAAUUAAAAGAAAUACUGUUCAUAUUAUGGCUUCUUUCAAUAAAUAACACAUCUAUAUUU